AGUCCGGCCGCGGCGGCACCGGCGGCUGAGAAGGCGGCGGCUGAAGAGAAGGCGGCUGCGGCGGCUGUGGAGGAAGCGACCGUGGGCACGGAAGCCGGGUGGGGGGGAGGGGGGGAGACGGAGCAGCCUUGAGCCCUGCAGGGGCCGUCGCGCGGGGGACCCACCCGCUCUCCCCCCCCAGCCCUCCCCAGCCCCGGCAGCCGGCGGCGGCGGGGGCAGGAGCCAGCCUGCUGCCGACCGUCCCCCGCCCGCUCCCCGGGGCUCCCAUUCUUCGGCCCCGGGACCCUAACCUCCUCCCGGGGCGGUUCCCUGUGUCUGGGCGUCCGAGCGCUGCCCACCGCUCUUUCAUUCCCUCCCCGCACCUUCUUCCCUACACUUUUGCCGGGUUCUCUCUCUCCUCUCCUGUCCUGCCUGUCGCCUCCUCCUCACUCUCUUCCUGCAGCCUGCUUCCCUGGCUCAUCCUGCCCAGGAAAGUUUGGUACACCCCCCCACCCCUCACCCCAGUCAGGUCAACCAGGCUAGGAGUAGGGGAGAUGUAGGAGACCCGAGAGUUCGAGGUGGGGGGGAAGCAGGAACCUGGUUUCCCUGACAGUCUCCCCGCAGCCCUCUUGACUUAGAGUGGUUGGGAUUUUUUUUUUUUUUUAAAUUGUGUUUUUGAGGAGGUGGGAGGUGUUUAGAAAAGGAUGUGGGAAUGGAAGGGGUAGAUGAGUCAACCCUCUUAGGAGAUUACAAGGGUGGUGUGUUACCGGAUCCUUUUCGUGUGUGGAGUUCAGGGGGUCGGGAGGUUUGGCCUUUAUUCCCACAUUCAAAGUUGGAACCUCCCCCCCAUUAAGAAUGGAGUUUUAGUACCCACUUGUGGCAGGAAUCCUGGGGGGAAGGGGCCCUUUUUCCUUUUUUCCUUUUUUUCCUCCCUUCUUAUUUUAUGUUCUUAACUUUUAUUUCGGCAACCCACACCCUUCUUCCGCACACUCUCACCUAAAAAUCAAACACCCAACAUCCUCCAACUUUGUCUGGAUUGACUGAUGAAGACAUAAAGCCAAUUACGCUCUAUGUUUUUUUUUUUUGAGGUGGAGUGAGUGGUUUCUCUUCAUUUUUUUUUUUUAAAUGGCCAAAUGACAGCUUGACCCAGUUUGCUUUCCAAUCAAAGGGCAUUUUUUUUUUUUUUAAUGUCUCUUUGUGGCACAAGAGCCAACGCAAAAAUGAUGGCGGCUUACAAUGGCGGUACAUCUGCAGCAGCAGCAGGUCACCACCAUCACCACCACCACCACCUUCCACACCUUCCUCCUCCUCACCUUCACCACCACCACCACCCUCAACACCACCUUCAUCCGGGGUCGGCUGCUGCCGUACACCCAGUCCAACAGCACACGUCUUCGGCAGCUGCGGCCGCCGCCGCAGCCGCCGCAGCCGCAGCCAUGUUAAACCCUGGGCAACAACAGCCAUACUUCCCAUCGCCGGCGCCGGGUCAGGCUCCUGGACCAGCUGCGGCAGCCCCAGCUCAGGUACAGGCCGCCGCCGCCGCCACAGUCAAGGUGCACCAUCAUCAGCACUCGCAUCACCCGCAACAGCAGCUGGACAUUGAACCGGAUAGACCUAUUGGAUACGGAGCCUUUGGUGUUGUCUGGUCAGUAACAGACCCAAGAGAUGGAAAGAGAGUAGCACUCAAAAAGAUGCCCAACGUCUUCCAGAAUCUGGUCUCUUGCAAAAGAGUCUUCCGGGAAUUGAAGAUGUUGUGUUUUUUUAAACAUGAUAAUGUACUCUCUGCCCUUGACAUACUCCAACCUCCACACAUUGACUAUUUUGAAGAAAUAUAUGUUGUCACAGAAUUGAUGCAGAGUGACCUACAUAAAAUUAUCGUCUCUCCUCAGCCACUCAGCUCAGACCAUGUCAAAGUUUUUCUUUAUCAGAUUUUGCGAGGUUUGAAAUAUCUCCAUUCAGCUGGCAUUUUACAUCGAGACAUUAAGCCAGGGAAUCUACUUGUGAACAGCAACUGUGUUCUGAAGAUUUGUGAUUUUGGAUUGGCCAGAGUGGAAGAAUUAGAUGAAUCCCGUCAUAUGACUCAGGAAGUCGUUACUCAGUAUUACCGGGCUCCAGAGAUCCUGAUGGGCAGCCGUCAUUAUAGCAACGCUAUUGACAUCUGGUCUGUCGGGUGCAUCUUUGCAGAGCUACUGGGCCGGAGAAUAUUGUUUCAGGCACAGAGUCCCAUUCAGCAGUUGGAUCUGAUCACAGAUCUGCUGGGCACGCCAUCGCUGGAAGCAAUGAGGACGGCUUGUGAAGGUGCUAAGGCACACAUACUCAGGGGUCCUCAUAAACAGCCAUCUCUUCCCGUACUCUACACCCUGUCCAGUCAGGCCACACAUGAAGCUGUUCACCUACUUUGCAGGAUGUUGGUCUUUGAUCCAUCAAAAAGAAUAUCCGCUAAGGAUGCCUUAGCCCACCCCUACCUGGAUGAGGGGCGGCUGCGGUACCACACGUGUAUGUGUAAGUGCUGCUUCUCCACCUCCACGGGGAGAGUCUACACCAGUGACUUCGAGCCCGUCACCAACCCCAAAUUUGAUGACACCUUUGAGAAGAACCUCAGCUCUGUCCGACAAGUUAAAGAGAUUAUCCACCAGUUCAUCUUGGAACAGCAGAAGGGAAACCGAGUGCCUCUCUGCAUCAACCCGCAGUCUGCGGCCUUCAAGAGCUUUAUUAGCUCCACCGUCGCUCAGCCGUCUGAGAUGCCGCCGUCUCCUCUGGUGUGGGAGUGACAGUGGAAGACUGUACUACUGAAGAUGUAAUGUAGCUUUCACUGGAGUCUGGGAUUUGCAAUUCUGGAGGGUUAAUCAUGCCUGUACUGUAAUUUUACUAAUGAAGUUUUAAAUUAACAACCACUACUUGUAUGAUAUGAAUAAUAUUUAGAAAUGUUACUAGACUUUUAAUCUUGUAAAGUGGUUGUGCUUUUAGAAGAAAAAAAAAAUAUUUUACCCAGAGUUGCACAUGGUUAAAGAAUUCAGUGCAGCUGUCAUGGCUCACCUCAGAAGAAACGAGAAUUGAACCAAAUUUGGGCGUUUGGGGUUUAUGUUUUGGGUUGUUUUUUUUUUUCUUUUUUUUUCUUUUUUUUUUUUUCUUUUUAAUGAAGUGAGAUUGUUCACAUGUGCACAUAUGCACACAGAGGACAGUCAUACAUUUUGAUAUUUGAGCCAUUCCUAAAGAUUGGGGUUUUCUAAGCCUAAAGAAUCUAGAAAGCUUGCCUGCGACCAAUCAUGGAGCCACUGAUCCAGAGCUGAUGGUGAGCUGAUGGUGGCUGCGCCUGGGGGAGGGGCGGGAGGCACGCCACCUAAUGUCCAAGCCCUGUCGCUGGCUCCUCACUGGAGCUGUGAUGGCGGUGUGUGCUGUCUGAACUCCAAUGCUGUGCUUAGAGAGAAUGAGUUUGUGACUAGGAGAGACUAACCUUCUGUUUUUCCCUACCCAGUAUAAAUAUAUAUAUAUAUAUAUUUAUCUAUUUUUAUUAGAAGUUUUUCUGCUCUUUCUUACAUAAAGAAAAAAAAAAGACCCAAGCAUGCAUCUUUCAUGUGUGUAAAUAAUUUCAUUUCUGGGCUAAUUUCAAAAGAAUCCCAACACUGCUGUAUAGAGAGAACUAGCUUGCACAUUUUAGGUCUGUGAAAUUCUGUGAGACUUUUCCUGCACUGGACAGUGAAAAAUAAUAAAAGACAAAAAGAAAUUAAAAAAAAAAAAAACUAAAGCCACAAAGGCACAUAGGGAAUCAUGUCAAAUGUGUUUGUGUCCUUAGGCAAAGCUGUGGGAGUCUUGAAAUGUCACAGUAGUAAAUAACUUAUUACUUUUUGACAAAUUCUUUUUCCUGCUGGAACACUGACUUCUGUGCAUAUGUAAAUACGAAUACCAAUCGAAGGCCUCUACCUCCUGGAGUUACACAACUUGGCUUGUUUACCUCCACACGCUGAUGAUGACUUAUUUUUUUUUUUUUAAGUUCAAUGUGGAGACUUGAAACUUGAAUGUCCCUUCCAACUUUUAUAUUAAAAAUAAAAAGACAAGAAAAUCGAAGAGCGUUUUUCACCUGUACGAGGAGUACUAAUGGAUCGUCUUAAAACUGGUCUAGGAAAAAGCUUGGUGUGUGUUAUGGACAAUUAACUGUUAAAGUUAUUGUAAGUUAUCUGUAUUUAGCAGAGUAUUUUCAUCUUGAGUGAUCUGAGCUGAAUUUGAAGACUAUUAAGUUAUGUUUGGAAGUUUUAACUUCAAUGAAGUAAUUAUUUGCUGUGAAAGAAACACACAUUGAAUUACUAAACAAAGAUGGUGCAAUGUCUUUGUGUUUUUUUUAUGAGGCUCCUGAGAACCUACCCAACUGAAGCAUUUCAAUUCACUUGAAUGAGAAACGUGUUUAGUAUCAAAAGAGCCCAAGAAGACACUGGUAUGAAAGGUACAAUCUCAGAGGUUGGUCAAUUACCGUGGCACACUUUCUGGUCACUUUGUACAAUGUAGAUUUGAAGUACAGUGGUGAAAACAUUAAAUGUGACAUUUGAAAAUGA